AUGGAAAUGAGGCGGAUAUGCUCAACUGACGAUGAAUAUAGGAGCGAAAGGAGAUUCAACCCUUCAUGCAAAAAGCGAGAUCCAUACAAACUACAUUUUUAUGUGGUUCCGAUUAAUCACAGCAAAAAUUCACAACGUCUGUCCAGGAAUUCUCUUACAAUUUUUUUAAUUCUGCAAUUUUUCUUCACGAUCGGCAUCGAUGUAGCCGGCUUAACGUGGUGUUCAUGUUUCAUUUCUACUUCUCGUUUUCCACACUAA